GCGGGCUCACUAAGGGACAGAGAGCUCGGGCGACAGGAGCUGGGUGGACGGGACAGCCCAGCUCACAGCAACGUUGCGGAUCGGGGUUACGAAGAGGGCGCAAAGCCCCGGUCGGAGGGAAGGAGGACCAUGAUCGGCAGCAGGUCCUGGGGCUUCGAGCGUCCGCAGCAGGACGGAGACAGCAAGAAACUCGCUUUGAAAGCCUUCCAGAAAGUUGGACUUCAUGAAGACGAUGAUGUAAAGUAUAUGAUGCGAGGCAGCAAGCUGAGGAAAGUCAAGUCCAGUAAAUGGAAGAAAGAUCGGCAGAUGAAGCUGCAGGAGGAUGGCCUGUCCAUCUGGUACGAGUCCCGGAAUAAGCCUCCUACAUUCUCGGUGAUGGAUAUCCGGGAGGUCCAGGAGGGACACCAGUCGGAUAUGAUGAAGAAACACGGCAGCAGCUACUCGGAGAAACGUUGCUUCACCAUCUUGUUCGCGGGCAGCCGGAGCAGCCUGGACCUGGUGGCAGCCACGGAGGAGGAGGGGAGACGGUGGGUUCAGGGGCUGAAAAAGCUGAGCAGAAGAGUGGCAGCCAUGAGCCAGCAGGACAAAAUUGAACACUUAAUUCAUCAACACCUGCACAAGGCUGAUAAAAAUAACGACAACAAGAUCAGCUUUAAGGAAAUGAAAAAUAUGCUUAAAAUGAUCAACCUGAAAGUAAAUGAUGAUUAUGUCAACUUUCUCUUUCAGAAAUGUGACAAGUCAAAGACAAGCAAACUGGAGGAGCAUGAGAUCGAGGAGUUCUGCAAGCUGCUAAUGCAACGGCCAGAGCUGGAGCAGAUCUUUCAACAUUUCUCAGGCAAGGAGGAAAGGCUGAGCAUUGAUGGGCUGGAACUCUUCUUGAAAGAACAGAAGGAGACAGUUACAAAGGAGAACUGUUUGAACAUCAUACAGAAAUACAGAGUUUAUGAUAAUGGCCAGAUAAACCAGGACUUGACCCUAAAUGGCUUCAUGAUGUACCUGCUGUCUCCUGAGGGGAACAUUUUUAACCCUGACCAUGACCGAGUCUACCAGGACAUGAGCCAGCCUCUCAGCCACUACUUCAUCUCAACCUCCCAUAACACCUACCUGAUGGAGGACCAGCUGGGAGGACCAAGCAGUACUGAGGCAUACAUCAGAGCUCUUCUGCGGGGCUGUCGCUGUGUGGAGUUGGACUGCUGGGAGGGGCCAAAUGGAGAGCCAAUCAUCUACCACGGAUACACCCUCACCUCAAAAAUCCUCUUCAAGGACGUCAUCACAACCAUCCGGGACUACGCCUUCACGGUCUCUCCGUACCCAGUCAUCCUCUCCCUGGAGAACCACUGUGGCAAAGAGCAGCAGACGGUCAUGGCCCGGCAUUUGAAGGGAAUUCUCGGCGAUAUGCUGGUUACGGCCAUGAUCGAUGGGAAAGUCCCAAAGGAGCUUCCAUCGCCCGAGGAGCUCAAGCGGAAGAUUCUAAUAAAGGGGAAGAAACUGAGAAUCCCUGGGCCCGCUGCGGUGCAGCAGGAGGAAGCAGGAGAUGAUUGUGAAGAAGAGAAUGUGAAAAAUGAAAAGAAGAACAAAAAGAAACUCACAAAGGAGCUUUCGGAUCUGGUGAUUUAUUGUCAGAGUACCCAUUUCCAGAGCUUUGAGCAGACCUGGAGUAGGCAGGCUCCUCACGAGACAUCCUCCUUCUCUGAAACCAAGGCCAAGAGGUUGAUUGCUGAAAAUGGGUUCAGUUUUGUUGCUCACAACACCUUGCAGCUUUCCAAGGUUUACCCACUGGGUUCCCGAGUCGAUUCGUCCAACUUCAACCCUCAGGAGAUGUGGAAUGGCGGCUGUCAACUGGUGGCCCUGAACUUCCAGAAAGCCGGAGUGGAGAUGGAUCUGAACAAAGGGAAGUUUCGACAGAACGGUCGGUCGGGUUACAUCCUGAAGCCCAGUUUCAUGAGGAACAGGAACAUUCAGUUUGACCCUUCACGGCCCAUGGAAGGGUCAGGCCUCGACAGGAAGCAACUGAUCAUCGAUGUUAUUACAGCUCAGCAACUCCCUAAAGUGAAUAAGGACAAAAAGAACUCCAUCGUGGAUCCUCUGGUGCGUGUGGAAGUGCAUGGUGUGCCUGAAGAUAAUGCCACAAAGAGGACAAGGCACAUUGAAAAUAACGGUUUUAACCCGGUGUGGAGUGAAACGCUCCGGUUUACAAUCAACGUUCCCGAGUUGGCGUUGAUCCGAUUCCUGGUUGAGGAUUACGACUCGUCGUCGAGCAAUGACUUCAUUGGGCAGUUCACGCUCCCGUUCACCAGCAUGAAAGAAGGUUACCGCCACAUCCACCUGCUGGCCAGGGACUCGGUGCCCCUCUCCCCUGCCACUCUCUUUGUCCGAGUCAAGAUUAAGAGUGCGUAGUGUGGAACAAGCUGACAACUGGACUGAAGGAACUGAUUCAGUUCUCCCAGGAGCUGGGCAACUAGAAUCAAAAUGAUGGGACCUUCCAACAAUGUAUAUACAGAGAUAGAGUCGGUUAUCGUAACAGUCACACAGGUAGUGGCUUUAAACUGGAGCUGCAUUGUUAGGUCGCAGCAGCAAGUGGGCCUUGUUCUGUUUGCAUGGGUGGUUGGACUUUGAAAGCUCUCCCAUGUCUGGGAUGCACUGGCUGGAGGUGCAUCAGCAAUGCCUAGCAUCGUGUCGCAUUUCCCAAAGUUAAAGACAACCUUGCCCAUUUCUGGGUCUUCCAGGUCUCUCCAGGAGUUUGAUCAGAUCCUCCCUCUGUGAGUCUGUUGCAGAGGUCCCGUAUCAGGUGCCAGGUGUGGCCACUGGCAGUACUCCCUGGGGUACCACCACUCUCACCUUCAGCCAGUAGGAUUGCCCUGACCAACCGAUGCCCCCCUUGCCCCUCAUUUUCCUCUGGGGCCUGGUCAUGUCGUUGAAUUGGGCCUAACUCGCAAACCCUCUCUAUCAGGGACCCUCACUUCACCUUCAGCUAAAAGCUGCUUAUCUCCAGACAGCUGAGCAGCCUGUCCCCACCCUGCCUCCCCUCAUCCCACAAACUACCCCCCACCCCAUCCCACAUGCUGUCCCUCACUCUGUCCCCUAUACUGCCCCACUGUCAACACAGGGGAACAAUUUUCCUCGGGAGAUUUUGGAGUCAGGGACAUUUGCCAAGGUGGGACUCAGUUUGAUGUGGGGUGGAAGAGCAAGAAUUCUCAGCGAGGACCCCUUCUAAUCCUAAAGGUCAAGGUGAAGGCUUCAAAGCUUUUGUCAAAUACAUCAACUCCAACGUGUUGUGUAAGGCUCUGACCCCAGUGUAGACUCGCUGCUCCCAAUGUGUGGACCUCCUUGUUGGCCCAUCUCCUACCAUGUUGUCUUUUGAGGAGCCUGCUUCGAUAAUGUAUCCAAGAACAUUCCUCUUUUGCCUUCUCCUGCCAAAGCUUUCCAUUACCUCCUUAACAUUAUUUUGGAUCAGGGUUUGGUCACCUUCCCCCAUGAAUCAGGAUUCACAAAGCAUCUAUCUCCUGGAAACUUAUCAAUUCCCUUCUCCCCUCUAAUCCAAAAUAUUAUCUCCCUGGUGAAAAGUUUGCUUAACUUUCUUUCUCCCUCCAAAUUCCCCACUGUUAUUCCUCAUCUUCUAAGAUAUAAAUGGUAGAGUUCUUAAUUCACUUCAUAAAAUGUAAGAAUACCAGACCUAGACCUCUGGCAUUUCCUCAGAGAACCAAGUUUAUUUUCCCAAAGGCUUUCCUUAUAAUGGAAACACGUGAUAAUGGAUUAAACUUCAUUGGCAGCGAUGUACCUCCUCAAAUGGCAAGGACCAUCCUCCUGAGAUGGAGUGCUCAGACUUUGAACAUCCUCUGCUUAAGGGAACCACAGUCUCAUUGAUUUCAAGAUACCAAGUGAACACCCAUCCCUCUUCUCCCAGCCGACCUUCACCUGGUUGCAAUAACUGGAAAGCAACCAGAAUGAUAUCAGAUGGAGUGAUAGCAGGCCUGGUAAUAAUGAUUUAGCUUUAAUUUGCUUGAAUAUGGAAACUUUACAGCUGAUUUAAUGGUGGUGUUUAAUAUGAGUAAGAGAUUUGACAUGUAGGCACAGCACAGAGAGAGGCCAUUCAAUCUAUUAAGAUCAUGCAAGCUACUUGUAAGAACAAUGUAGUCAGUCCCUUUCCCCAGCUCUUCUUUUCCAGAGUCUUGCAAAUGCCUUUGAGAACAUUUCUAAUUGCUUUUGAAAAGCUAUGCUUAUAUCUCUUUCAGUCACCCUCCCAGGGUGUUCACGUCAGAUCAUGACCACUCACUGGAUAGAAAUAUUUUCCUCAGUUCACCCUUGGUUCUUUUCCCAGUCACCUGGGGAAACUAUUUCCUUUGCAAUUUACACAAAGUGCUGCAGGAACAUAGUCAAUCUGGCAGCAUUCAUGGGGGAAGUGAACAGUUGACCAUUCGGGCAGAAACCCUUCCAGGACUAGGAACUAUUUCCUUUUGUGGACAGUUUAGAUAUGAGAGACAUGGGACAGGAGCUGAGACAUUUGGGAGUGAUGUAAGGGAAAGCCCUCUUUGCCUAAAAUAUAUACACCCUCUUCCCAAAGUUCUUACGGCUGGGAGUCAAUUGAAAAUACUAAAACCAUAAUUGGCAGCUGUUCUUAGAAGCGGCUUAUGAAGGAAUUUGAAGGAAAGUUGGGGCUGGUGAUGAUCUUCUCUUGUUCUCCUGGAUAGCCUCAGGAGCAGAACAUGACAGACAUGGUAGAAAGCUGGGGUUUGUUUUUGCAGGAGAGUUGCCUGGUAGUUUGGAUGAGUCAACAAAGCUGAGCUAAGCUGUCAGUCAAUGGCCAAAGGAGCAGAUAUUAGAGAAUGUGGCAGGAAUUUGUGCUCUUGGAGCUGGGGAUGUGGUAAAUGGUCCUGUUUCAGCAACCCUUGACUGGAAAGUGUGGUGAAGGGAGGACAGGACACUCCAUCAGCAAGAGUCAGAUAUCCAAAGGCAUUGAAGAGGAUGGUCACUGUGGAUUUGUACAUAACAGGAAGACACAUGCGAGGUGCGGUUGAAGAAGUGAAUGUUGAGGAAAUUAUGAAAAACUUUGAUUAAAACAAGACACUAUUAAUGUAAAUAAUACAAGCAGAGUUAGACUGUGUGACAGUCUGGUAUGCAAUACUGUUUAUAAAAUAAAUUAUCAUUAACCAAACCUUUGGUUUGUUAGUACUUGAUGCUUGUCAACUAUGUUGAGUUGCAAAGAGCUUUACACAAAUCGAAUUAUUGCAGUUAAGGGGUUGACUGCAGCAGGUAUGAGGUGGGUAGAGAUGUGGGCUGUGACCAAAGGAUGCAUUGUUGAUAAUGUGCAGUUUAAGGAGCUUCUCAUCUACAUCCUUCACCUCUAGUAUUGAAGAUCUUCAUCUGAACCAAAGAAGAAGCAGACAGAUGGACUGCAGUCCUCACUACACCAAACGUACACUGCACCAAUUCUCACGUUACUGUGCUGGAUGGAUUAUUUUGAGGCCAAACUGCAGG